CUACUCGGCCAUGUGCUCGAUCCACAGCAUGAGAUGGCUUGCGUGUAGGCGAUUAUGGAAGUCCUGGUAGGUGAAGAGAGAGCCGUCCUGUUCUCCCUUGAGGAUGAAGUCGUCCUCCCCUGCCCGUCUCUUGGUGCCCUCGUCCUCCUCCUCGCCCUCGUCCUCGAACUGGCGGCCGAGCAGGUCUGAGUCAUCGCCAUCGUCAGCGUCAUCAGAUGGGGCGGGCCUCACAGUGCCCUUGCGGAUGGGCAUGAACUUGAUGCCGCCGCGGCCACCGACACCGUGGUCAUCAAGCAACCCUGCAAUGAAUGAAUGAAUGAAUCAAUGAAUCAAUGAAUGUAAGUGUGAGUGCUCGCAGGUCUCUGCGCGUGCCCACCUUGGACCUGGCGAACGAGGUCCGGUUCCGUCUGCUUUCUGGCCAGCUUGUAGACCAGAUUGCGAAACGCAUCCAGCAUCUCCUUGCCGCACCGCAGCAGCAGAUGAAGCAGCUCGAGGAUGAAGUCAUCCGUCUCCAAAAUCUCCAUCAUGGGCUGCCGUUGCUGGCCGCGAGUGGAUGCAUUGCAGUCAGGUGUGUGGCGGGGCUGGCCGGGCUGCUGGCUGGCAUAGUUCUCGUUCAUGAAGGCAAGGGAGCCAGUGCAUUUGGGCGGGAUGAGCUUCGGUCGGCCUGGCCGGCCGAUGAAGUAGCAGCAUGCAUGUGGCUGGUUGAAGUCCUGGUAGUCUAUCAAGCACCGCUGACAAGGCAUCCUCAGCCCGGCCCGGCCCAUCCCGAUAGCGCACAUGACGAACUUCUGAAUCAGAAACGCAUCAAUCAAUGAAUCAAUGAG